ACUGUCACUUUGACACAACUCCUACCAAUCUGACGUGUAUAGCGUACUGUUGGAAAAAUUCGAGUCGACAUUGGAACGGCGUUGUACGGUGCUUUUCUACCCUUGGAAGCAUUCGUAGGACUCCGGUCCUUGGUGUAUGGAAACGGAGAAACACGGGAAGAAAGGCACUUCGAUAAACCGAUAAAUCUAGACUCCAUUUACUGGAGAAGCACCAAAGUGCACGGUGCGGUGUGCGGUUUUUUUUGUGCUGAAGGAAAUAGAGCUUAAUAAAUUAUAUUAACCAGCGAACAACGGCAGCAUGAUCCGGAUGGGCAGGGUUCUGAUCGCCCUUUGCCACCUGAUCGCUCUGGUGGCAAGCGUUGAUCGUAACAACUUUAAAACUUGCGAACAGAGUAGUUUUUGUCGCCGGUUGCGGUCGCUGGAACCUCAGACGAGCGAGUUCGAGGUGUUGCCACAGUCGCUGCAGCAGUUCAAGCAGUACGUUACGUUGACCCUUACACAUCAACGCACGAAGCACGAGUACACGCUGAAGUUGGCAUGCGUGAAAGGUGGUGGUUCGUUCCACAUGCAGGUGGACGAGAAGCAACCGUUGAGCGUGAGAUACCGGGUACAGGAUGCGCUCGUGCAGGAACCACAGUACGGUCCUACCAAGGUGGAAAGUACGUCCGCUACGUUGAUAAUGGUGGCCUGCGGUGAGGGUAACGGUGUGAAGGCCGCCAUCCAGGUUGCACCGUUCAAGGUGGACUUUUUCCAGCAGGGUAAGCUGGUGGUGACGGCGAACGGUAAAGGCAUGAUGCGGUUCGAGCAUCUGCGCCACAAACCGGAACCGAGGGCGGAACAGAAUGCGGAAGGACAGGCGGACCAGGAACAGAAGGAAGGUGAACAGGCGGAACAAGCGGACGAACCACCGGCAGACGAUCCGGGUGCAUGGGAGGAAAAUUUUAAAUCACACCACGACUCGAAAUCGAAAGGUCCGGAAGGGUUGGCGCUAGAUUUUACCUUCCCUCAGGCGAAGGUACUGUUUGGCAUCCCGGAACAUGCGGAUACGUUCGCUUUGCGACACACGGCAACGAAGGGUACGGAUCCGUACCGUUUGUACAAUCUGGAUGUGUUCGAGUACGAGCUAAACAACGGCAUGGCACUGUACGGUUCCGUGCCAGUAAUUUAUGGCCAUGGUGAAACAUCCACCAGUGCAGUGUUUUGGUUGAAUGCGGCCGAAACGUGGGUGGAUGUGUUUAGCGCAAACCGUGACACGGAUGUUGUCUCGUCGCUGGUCAAUCUGGUAUCGUGGAACAGUCAGACGGAACCGCCGGCAGCCAACUUUAUCUCGGAGAGUGGCAUUAUGGAUGUGUUCGUCCUGCUCGGACCGGGACCGACCGAUGCGUUCCGGCAGUACACCGACCUAACCGGGAAGGGACCGUUGCCGCAGCUGUACGCGAUUGCCUAUCACCAGUGCCGCUGGAACUACAACGACGAGCGCGAUGUGGAGAUGGUGUCGGCAAAGUUCGACGAGCAUGAUAUACCGAUGGACACGAUGUGGUUGGAUAUUGAGUAUACGGACGGGAAGCGUUACUUCACCUGGGAUCAUCACAAGUUCCCACAUCCGGUGGAAAUGAUACGCAACCUGACCGAGCUCGGGCGCCAUCUGACGAUCAUCAUCGAUCCGCACAUUAAGCGGGACGGUGGCUAUUUCUUCCACAACGAGUGCACCGAUCGGGGCCUGUACGUGAAGAACAAGGACGGCGGUGACUACGAAGGAUGGUGCUGGCCGGGUGCGGCCAGUUAUGUCGAUUUCUUCAACCCGGACGCACGGCGCCAUUAUGCGGAUCAGUAUCUGUUGGAAAACUUCCGCGAACAGUCGGAAACGGUCGGCAUCUGGAACGAUAUGAAUGAACCGUCCGUCUUUAACGGACCGGAGGUAACGAUGCUGAAGGAUAAUGUACACCACGGUGGACUGGAGCAUCGGGAUGUGCACAACCUGUACGGACACAUGCAGCUGAUCGCAACGUUCGAUGGUUUGCUGCGGCGUGGUAAUGGCCGUUUGCGUCCAUUUAUUCUUACCCGGUCGCACUUUGCCGGCAGCCAGCGUUAUGCGGCUGUUUGGACUGGGGACAACAUGGCCGACUGGGGACAUUUGCAGGCAUCGAUCAAGAUGUGCCUUUCACUGUCGGUCGCCGGUAUUAGCUUCUGCGGUGCGGACGUCGGUGGUUUCUUUGGCAAUCCGGAUGGUGAGCUGUUUUCGCGCUGGUAUCAAACGGGCGCAUUCCAACCGUUCUUCCGUUCGCAUGCCCAUAUCGAUACGAAGCGGCGCGAACCGUGGCUAUUCCCGGAGGAGGUAAAGCUCGUCAUACGCGAUGCGAUCCGGAAGCGUUACCGACUGUUACCGUUCUGGUAUACGAUGUUCUACGAGCAUGAGCGUAGCGGUUUGCCAAUCAUGCGUCCACUGCUGGCGCACUACCCGACGGAUGUGAACGCAUUUGCGAUCGAUCAUCAGUAUCUGCUCGGGGAUGAAUUGUUGGUAGCACCGGUGCUGGACCAGAAGCAGCAGCGUAGCCGCGAGGUAUACUUCCCGGUGCGGGCUGACGGCCAAGGUGACUGGUGGUACGAUUGCGACACGUACCGUAAGCACACCGGCACGGGUUUGGAAGCGAUCCCGGUUGAUAACUACAAGGUGCCAGUGUUCCAGCGCGGUGGCACAAUUCUCCCGACGAAGGAACGCAUCCGCCGUGCAUCGACACUGAUGCGACACGAUCCGUACACACUGACGGUGGCACUGGACCGGGAAGGACGUGCGAAGGGCACACUAUACAUCGACGACGAGCUAAGCUACGAGUAUCGGCGCGGUCAUUAUCUCUAUCUGGAGUUUGAAUUCCGCGACGGUGUACUGAGCAGUCGGAAAAUUGAUACCACCGCCACCUACCAGACGGAUACAUGGCUCGAGCGGGUAAUUAUUGUUGGACUGGGAAAAGUCCCAACGACGGCCACCCUCUAUACCGAUGCGUCCGGUGCUGCCACUGGACGGUUGGAGCUAGAGCGUGCUGGAGAUGUAGUAACCGUGCGCAAACCGGGCGUCUCCAUGCUGGACGCUUGGUCCAUUAAGCUCGAUUUUUAAGGAGGACUACAUCUAGGCAGGCUAUUUCCUUAGUGUAGCACUUUUUUUUGGUAGGAGAAAUUGUAGGAUCUAUUUUAUAGGGGGCGUGAUCGAAAUUAUGAUUGUGUACACAUUGUGUGUCCGUGCUUUUGGGAACUUGCAAUCCCGCGUAUCGUGCGAAAGGUUUAUUUAGGAGGAGAUAUACACUCGGAAGAUUGAAAGGAGAUCCAAUAUUUUGAUAUAUCUCCUUUGAGGAGUGAUUUUUUUUUUAAAGGAAAACUACCUCAUAUAGACGGUGUUUUCAUGGUGUUUUGAGGGUAAACGUAGCAAAAAAAAUUUAAAAUUUAUUGUGAUGUAUAAUUUGAUAAAUUUGUAAACCCUUUAUCGCAGGGCUCUUCAAAAGAAAUUGUGCAAUGAUUAUUCGUGUGUGGCACUACAAACUCAAGAGGUUUUUGGCUUGCCAUUACUGACAAUUACAAGUAAAUUGUGUAAAGAACAAAUUCAAAUCAUUCGAUUCACACGGUUUUAGUAAAAAAAAUUGAAAUAAGUUUUUUGAGCAAAAAAAACAGUUUGAACAUUGAACAACAAUGCGCUUUUGCAUGAAGAGAUGAGUUUGCUCAUUAGGGGUUUUUUUUCAAUAGGAACGUGCAAUUUGACAUUUUAACCAGAUAUUCGUAAAAAAAAGGAAAUACAGCUGUGGAAAUACUGACUGACUGUAUAUCUUCCCUUAAGCAAAUGUUUCGUGUCAACGAAUGCGGUGCAUAACGCUUGAUCAGAGCUGUGUGUCCCUAUGGGGCAGAAGAGAAAUAGAAUGGGACUCACGUUGUAUGGAAAUUAAAAUUUAGAAUUUUGAAUAAAACCACUACUUUCCAUAAUCUAA